GCUUAGACAACGGACAACGCUAAAAUUCUACUUGAUAAUAAUGGCAGAGAAUGCAGAACAAGCGCCGAGCAAAAUUCCCGAUUGGAUUAAGGCUAAUCUAUUUGAAGAUGUGCUCAAGUCCACUGUCAAGGGCUAUAAGAAAGUAAAGAGUUUCAAACCUGUUAUAGGAUCAGCGGCAGGUGAAAAUUAUGCCACCAUUAUGUUGCGUGUGGAAAUUGAAGUCGAAUUGGAAGAUGGCAAAAUCAAGCCCGUAUCGUACAUGCUAAAAUUGCCCCAUCAGACGGAAGUGUUUCAGAAAAUGAUGGAGACAACCAAUAUUUUUGAUAUAGAACGCAAUGCGUACCAAAAAAUUGUUCCCGAAUUGGAGGAACUGUAUAAAAAUAAUGGUGUAGAUAUAAAAUUCGGAGCCCAUAGCUAUGAUCUAAAGAAUGCCAAGACAGACUAUGUCUUAUUGGAGGAUCUGCGUCCGUAUGGCUUUAAAAAUGCCAAUCGUUUGGAGGGAUUGGAUCAACAGCAUACCGACAGAGUUCUACAGAAAUUGUCCCAAUGGCAUGCAGCUUCUAUAGUUCGGGUGGCGACCAAGGGUCCGUAUGAAGAAAGUUUGACCAUGGGUUUCUUCAAGGAGGAAAAUCGUCAAAUGAUGGCAGAAAUGAACAAAGCAUUAUCGCAAAUAUUCCUGAAAUGUUGUUCCACCUACGAGGGCAAUGAGACCUACUUGGAGGAUGUUAAACUUCUUCAGCCAAGAAUUACUGACGAGAUAUUCAAAAUGGCUAAAGUCGAUCCUCUGGAGUUGAAUGUGCUAAAUCAUGGGGAUUGUUGGUCAAAUAAUAUUAUGUUUCAAUAUGAUGCAUUUGGCAAGAUUAAGGAGGUCUACCUAGUUGAUUAUCAAAUGCCCAGAUGGGGGACAGUAGCUCAGGAUUUGCUUUACUUCCUUCUCUCCUCCACCAAACUGGAAGAUAAACUAAGCAAGUUUGAUCAAAACAUUAAAUUCUAUCAUGAUAAUCUGGUCGAGCAUCUAAAACUAUUGAAGUACUCAAAACCAUUGCCAACGUUACGCGAUCUACAUUUAUCGCUCUUUAAAUAUGGUUUUUGGGGUUACUGCACGGCUACAGGAGUUAUGGCAGCUGUUCUCUUGGAUCCUACAGAUUCGGCCAGUUUUGAAAAUUUCCUCGGCGAUACGGAAGAAGGCAGCGAUUUCAGAACUCUGAUGUAUUCGAAUGCCCGCUAUCGCAAACAUAUUCAAGCUAUUCUGCCCUGGUUACAUAACCGUGGGGCAUUGGAGACCAGCACACAGGAUGUAGUGAUAAACCAAAAUGAUAAGAAAUUACCCGACUGGAUUAAGACAGAGGUUUUUCAAGAGUUGCUAAAGAAACAAGUCAUUGGCUACAAGGCAACAAAGUCCUUGAGAGCUAGUGCUGGGGCAGCUGCUGGUGAAAAUUAUGCCACAAUAAUGUUUAGGAUUGAAUUUGAUGUGGAACUUAACGAUGAAACACAGAUCACCAAGGCAUUUAUGCUAAAAGCCCCACAUGAAACGGAAAUCUAUCAAAAAUUGCUUCAAAGCCAUAAUUUUUUCGAUAUAGAACGUGGCAUGUAUUUCAAAGUGGUUCCCGAAUUGGAGGAAUUGUAUCAGAAUGUGGGCCAUGAAAUCAAAUUUGGAGCUGAAUGCUAUGAGAUUGACAUUAAGGAUCAUUAUGUGUUGCUUGAGGACCUGAGGCCACGUGGCUUUCGAAAUGUUGAUCGAUUGAAGGGUCUAGACCAGGCUCACACCGAGAGUGUUUUACUUAAAUUGGCCCAAUGGCAUGCAGCAUCGGCGGUACGUGUCGCCUCGAAAGGAUCGUAUGAUGAAAAAUUCACUAAGGGCUUCUUUCGGGACCCAGAAGUCCUGCGCAUGCUAUGCACUAGGAAUCUCCAGAGCCUAUUAAAUUAUAUACAUUUGUAUGAAGGGCAUGAGCAAUAUUUAAACGAAUUGCAAAAUAUCACACCAAAAUUGUUGGAAGUGGUCAUGGAAAUGAGUGAGCCGCAUGAAGAUGACUUUAAUGCCUUGAAUCAUGGUGAUGCUUGGUCCAAUAAUAUAAUGUUUCAAUACAAUGAAAAGAAUGAAUUAAUAAAUACAUAUUUUGUCGAUCUUCAGAUACCCAAAUGGGGUUCGAUUGCGCAGGAUCUUUUGUACUUCUUGCUGUCGUCAACUGAAUUGGAUAUUAAAAUUAGUAAAUUUGAAUAUUUCAUUUCAUUUUAUCACAAAGAAUUGGUGAAGCAACUGACUUUAUUAAAGUAUACAAAAACUUUGCCCACCCUUAAGAGCAUUCAUCAUUCCCUUUACAAAUAUGGCGGUUGGGGAUUGUUUGCCAUUUUGAAUGUGAUGGGCGUUGUACUGCUGGAUUCUGACCCAAAUGCUAAUUUUGAAAGCUUCUUUGAGGACGAUGCGGAACAUAAAUCUAAUUUCAAAAAAUUUACAAUGUCAGCGGCUACAAAUGGUGAGAGUGAGGCGGAAAAUUUUCCCAGUUGGUUGCCAAAUAUUACCUUGGAGAAUGCGGUACGUGCUCAGUUGGGAGACUUUGAGAGGAUUAUAUCCGUAACUCCGAAAUCGGGUAGUUCUGAGGGUGAGAACUAUUCAUCACUCUUUCUGCGACUGCUAUUAGAAGUGGAACUACUUGAUCAUUCAACCAAGGAUAUAUCUUUUGUGUUAAAAGCCCAGCAUAAUAAUGAAGUUAUGGCCGCCAUAAUGGGAAAAUUGAAACUCUUUGAUAAGGAGGAGCAAAUGUAUCAUACGAUAUUGCCAAAGUUUGAGAAACUUUAUGAGAAUGCUGGCAAACCCAUUCAGUUUGCACCAAAAGCCUUUAAGGUGGAUCGCGACUUGGGUGUGGAUUAUAUACUUUUGGAAGAUUUGCAUCGCAAGAACUUCAGGAACGAAAAUCGUUUGACUGGUCUCGAUUUGGAGCAUAUGUUGGCUGUCUUGGAGAAAUUGGCUGCCUUCCAUGCGGCCUCGGCGUGUUAUGUAGAGCAUUACGGACUAUUUGGAGAGGAGUUUACGGUGGGAGUAUUCAGUGAGAAUAAUCGUCAAUUAUUGCAGGAAUUCAAUGCAUCGGGUGCGUUUCUAACUCAACUUAAAAAGUGGAAAAAUGCUGAAAAAAUCUACGAGAAAUUGGCUGAUAGCGAUGACUAUUUAGUAGAUCGCCUGCUUCAAGAUCAACAAUAUAAUGCCCGAGAAUUCAAUGUCUUGAACCAUGGCGAUUGUUGGUCAAAUAAUAUUAUGUUCCAGCAUGAUGCAUUUGGUAAAAUUAAGGAAACUUUAUUUGUGGACUUUCAAGUGGGAAAAUAUGGCAGUCCGGCCAAUGAUCUAUACUAUCUAAUACUUUCGUCGGCUGCAUUGGAGUUGAAAACCAACAAAUUCGAUUAUCUAAUUCGUUAUUAUUUCGAUAACCUAAUCAGUAAUUUGAAACUAUUGGAAUACCAUCGACCCUUGCCAAAGUUAAAAAAUCUGCAUGCAGCUCUAUUUCGUAAUGGUUUGGCUGCCUACAUGGUUGUAUCCAAAGUUCUGCCCGUUGUCAUGUUGGACAAGACAAACAAUGCCAAUUUGGAGAGCUAUAUCAAUGAUGAAUCCAAAAUGAAGGCCGCCAUGUUUACCAAUCACAAAUAUGUUCGAGUAAUGACGGAAGUUUUACCAUGGUUGGACAAUCGCGGACUACUCGACUGGAAGCUGUUCAAGAUGACAAGGCUCAAAAUCCCAGAAUGGGUGACGUCUAUAUCUGUAAACAAUGCAGUAUAUAAAAUCCUGGGUAAAGGUUGCAAGGUGUUGACCGUUUCACCCAAUGUCGAUGAUAUACAAUUUCGAAAUUGUACCAUAUUGCUGCCCAUUAAGGUCAGAGUUCAAUUGAAGGAUCAAACUAUACGGAAAUUAUCCUUUAUAUUGAAGACACAGAACAAUAGGAAAUUUCAGGCCAAGGUCAUGAGUCAAUUGAAGAUGUUCUUUCGCGAGCAUCAAAUGUAUCAUAAUAUUUUGCCCAAAUUGGAGAAACUAUACCAAACGGUGGGCAAGUCAACUAAUUUUGGUCCUCGCGCCUAUCGACUGGAUUAUGGGAUUGGUGUUCAAUAUAUAUUGCUCGAGGACUUGGCGGCACGCGGCUAUAGGAAUAUUGAUCGGAAUGUGGGUUUCGAUGAGGUGUGUUUGAAACAAGUCCUCAAGAAGUUGGCCGAAUUCCAUGCUGCUUCCGCUGUGUAUGUGGAGAAAUUUGGUAUGUUUAGCAAGCUGAUGACCGUGGGCGUGUACUCUAAAGACAAUAAACUGAUACUUCAGGAGUUAAACGAUGCGGAUCCCUUUAUGUCUCAGCUGCGUCGUUGGCGUGUGGGCGGACAAUUUCAUGGAAGGUUAAUCGAGAAGGAGGAGGUGUUAGUUGAUCUUAUGCUAGAGAAUCAUAAAGUAAAGCGAAAUGAGUUCAAUGUGCUCAAUCAUAGCGAUUUGUGGAUGAAUAAUAUUAUGUUCAAAUAUGACGCUUUUGGCUCCAUAGAAGAUACCGCAUUUCUGGACUAUCAGGUGGUCAAAUUUGGAUCACCUGCCAUCGAUCUUUUUUAUACCAUUCUAUCAUCGGCUCAAAUGGAAAUCAAGUUGACAAAAUUUGAUGAUCUGGUACAAUAUUAUUUCUACCAUUUGCUGGAGAAUCUCAAAUAUCUCAAUUAUCAGCAAUCUCUGCCACAACUUUAUGAUAUACAAAAUGCCCUUAAUGCCAAUGGGUUGUCUGCCUAUGUGGUCGUUACCCGGGUUCUACCAAUUGUAAUGAUGAAUAAAUUUGAGGAUGAAACAAAUGACAAUUAUGCCUCAAAAAUGAAAUGCUUAAUGUACACCAAUCGUAAAUAUAUCCAAGCAAUGAACAAUAUUCUUCCCUGGAUGGAUAGUCGAGGGCUUCUCGACUGGCAAUAAUGAAAAUUUGCUUUUGGCUACUUAUUAAGUAUUUAAUAUUACUGGAAACAUAGUAACUUUUUAGAUUUCCAAAACAUGUAAUUCAAGUUUAACUAAUUUUAAUUUAUUUUCUUAUAAAAAAAGCUAAAGAAAAAAAUGGCUAUUAAAAAUGGCAGUGUCUUACAGGCAUAGAAUAAUAUCA